UUUGAAGUCCCUCGUCUCUGGAUGGAUGCUGCUUGUGGCAGUUGAACAUGUGUCUGCUGGCACCGUGCGUCAGCUGCAACGACGCGAUGUCUCGCAUUUGCCGCUGGAAUAUUUGCCACCUGUGGCGUUGCCACCGAUACCUAGUCGCGAGUAUUUGCCACCCGUGGAGCAGCAUGCCGCGAGCUUGCCACAGGUUCUGGAACCGCCACGUGAUUACCUGCCUGCAGUGGAACCCGCCGAGCAGCUGAAAGUGAGCAACGAAUACCUGCCACCAGACGAGGAGGAAGACAUAACCACAACUGAGGAGCCGGCACCAACCACAACCACCACCCCCAUUCCCAUCACCACCACCAUUGAGCCCGCCGAGCUGGAAACCGAAGCACCCGUUGAGUUGCAAACACACGAAGAGCUCGCUGAGCCAUCGGGCGUGCUGCAAGCCGAUGGCUAUCAUUAUGCCACACCAGAGAUUAUACCUGAUUUGGCGCCAGCUGCGUCUCCGGUUGAGGCAUAUCUGCCGCCACUCGAUGACAAUGAGGUGGUCGUGGCCGAGGUGCCACAAAGCGAGGAAUCAGCUGCCCUUCUCGACGAUGGCUAUCAUUAUCGCGCCAUCCGACGACUAAGAUUGUAGGCGGACGCUAAAACUCUUGUUAACCGACAUUUGUUGUUGUUUAUUUUUACACACUUGCAAU